UCGGCGCUUCCCGGCGGAGCGGGGACCGGCCGCGCCCGCCGCCGCUAUGGAGUGAACGAGAGGCCGCGGGGACCGGCCGGACCGGCCGCCCCCCGCCCGCGGCUGCUCUCGCCAGGCUUCUCGGAGUCUCUCAGCUCCACCUCCGCCCUGCGCCUUCGGCGGCUCCGCGCGGCCCAGGCCCGUGGGGGGACUCGACCCGUGGCCGCGGCCCCGCGCUCGCCCCUUCGCCUGAGGGCACGGCGGGCCAGGCCCGCGCCGCCCGGGGGUCCCGCCGCUGCCUGGCCCCUCGGCUGGGCUGUGAGACGCCGCCGGCGCUGCGGGAACCGCCCGCGUGAUCGGGCCUUGGCCCCGGGCGGGGCCGGCGGAACCGGCAGCGAGGUGACUGUUCCAAGAUGUCCCUGUGGAACCUCGUGUCCCACAUGCCACCAGAAGAGUUCAGCAGCCUCUCCACGGAGUUUCCCCGGAGCCUGCGCUGUCUCCUGGCCGAGUGGCUGGAGAACCAACCCUGGGAGUUCAUCAAUGGCUCGGACGCCUUCUGCACCAGCAUGGCCAGCAGGAUGCUCUCGGACAUGCUGGAGAAACUCCGCAGCGCUGCCAGCACCGACGGGCAGCAGUGCCAGAUCCUGCAGCAAGUCAGCAACAUCGAGAGCACCUUCCGCCGGGACCCGCUGCGGCUGGUGGCCGUCGUCAGAGCCGUCCUGGAGGGCGAGAAGGCAGCCGUGCUCAAACGGGAUCACCACCUGCCCCUCAGCUUCCACCGGCAGCAGGAGGAGCUGAAGUUCAGCCUGGGGCUGCAGCGGCUGCAGCACCGAGUCCGGGAGAUCCAAGCGCUCCAGGAGGAGGGGCCGGGGCCGGACGGGGCUGUGCAGAGCCCCAUGGCUCCCAGGGAACUGCCCACCCUCAUCCUGGAGGCUGUGAAGGAGCUGGAGGUAGCCAAACAGCAGGUCCUGAAGAGGAUCCAGAUUUGGAAGAGGCAACAGCAGCUGGCAGGGAAUGGGGCCACCUUUGAGGAGAAUCUGGCGCCGCUGCAGAAGAGGUGUGAGAACCUGGUCGAGGUUUACUUCCAGCUGCAGCAGCAGGUGAUGGCAGCAAGCACAGAGCUGGGGCCUGAGCUGCUGCCCCGGCUCAUGGAGCGCUUCAACGAGGUGUUGUCCAGCCUGGUCAAGAGCUCCUUCCUGGUGGAGAAGCAGCCCCCACAGGUGCUGAAGACCCAGACCAAGUUCCAGGCGAGCGUCCGGUUCCUGCUGGGCCCGCGGCUGCUGAAGGCAGCGCCCAAGCCCUACAUGGUGAGGGCUGACAUGGUGACAGAGAAGCAGGCACGGGAGCUGGAGCUCAGCAACUACAGCAACACCCUCAGUGAGAGCACGGGGGAGAUCUUGCACAACAUGGUACAACUGGAGACCAACCCCACCAGCGGGAACUGCUGUGCCAACUUCAAAAAUGUGCUGCUGAAGAAGAUCAAGCGCUGCGAGAGGAAGGGCUCUGAGUCGGUGACGGAGGAGAAAUGCGCCGUCCUCUUCAGCACCAACGUCACUUUGACCCCCAGCAACGUCUCCAUCCACCUGCAGGUCCUGUCUCUGCCUAUUGUGGUCAUCGUGCAUGGGAACCAGGACAACAAUGCCAAAGCCACCGUGCUGUGGGAUAACGCCUUCUCUGACAUUGACCGGGUGCCCUUCGUGGUGGCCGAGCGGGUGCCCUGGGACAAGAUGUGUGACACCCUGAACGGGAAGUUCAAGGCAGAGGUGCAGACCACCAAGGGGCUCCUCAAGGACCACUACUUCUUCCUGGCCCAGAAGAUCUUCAAUGACCACAGCGCCAGCCCCGAGGACUUCCAGAGCCGCCACGUCUCCUGGGCCCAGUUCAACAAGGAGAUCCUCCCUGGCCGGGGAUUCACCUUCUGGCAGUGGUUUGAUGGAGUCCUGGACCUCACCAAGAGAUGCCUCAAAAGUUACUGGUCGGACAGGCUCAUCAUGGGCUUCAUCAGCAAGCAGUAUGUGUGCAAGCUGCUGAGCAUGCAGCCAGAUGGGACCUUCCUGCUCCGCUUCAGCGACUCCGAGAUCGGGGGCGUCACCAUCGCUUACGUCAUGCGGGGCAAGGACGGCUCCAGCCAGGUGGAAAACAUCCAGCCCUUCUCUGCCAAGGAUCUGUCCAUCCGCUCCCUGGGCGACCGCAUCCGGGACCUGGGGCAGCUCCGGAACCUGUACCCCAACAUCCCCAAGGACCAGGCCUUUGGGAGUCACUACAACAAAGAGCAGACAGGAAAGGACGGCCGAGGCUACGUCUCCACUGCUAUCAAGAUGACUGUGGAAAGUGAGAGGGACCAGCAGCCUCCAGGCACCAUGGGGGCCCCCCCUGAGGCCCCCCAGGCACCGAUGUUCAACCUGCCCAUGCUGCAGCACGAGCUGCACCCUGACAAUCUACAGCCAUUGCUGGCCCCCAUGUGCCCCCCCACUCCGUUCUGCCCCCAGCCCAUGCCCACGGGCUACCCCCCGGUUGAGAGCAGCAUCAUGAUGGUGCCCGACAGGCUCACCCCCCCCUUCCACAGCCCAUCACCGAUGCUCUCGCCUCCCUCGCUGUCCCACUGCCAGGACCCUGCCUUCAGGACCCCUGGACCCUUCAUGCCCAGCCAGUUCCUGCCCGGGGAGGUCUCGCAGCUGCUGCCCGCGGGUCCCUCAGCGGAACCGCAGGACGAGGAGAUGCCCGAGCUGCCCCCGUUCCAGCUCGUGGAGGAAGCGUCGCUGCAGAGCCCUCCGCCGUGGAUGUCGCCCAGCAUGGAUCAGCCAUCAGCCGCAGAGUUGGAUCAGCUCCUGGAGGUGCCCCCGUUGCCCCCCUUUGCCCCCCUCCAGCAGCACAGCGGGUACCCCAAUUCCAGCCUGUCCUCCUGGGGGCUGGGGGAUGCGCGGUGGGAUGACAGCAUCCGGCCAGGACACGCGUGAGGGGGCUCCUGAUGGUGGGGGGGACAUCGGACUGCGACCCCCCCCCACCCUCCACUCCCUCCCAGCCUUGCCUGGGUUCAUGGACUUGCUACGACUCCCGCAGGAGUGGAAACUCCAGCUGGGAAAGGCGGGGUUGGGGGAAUUUGGGGUAACCCCCGUCAUGCCCCUCACCUCCGUGCAUCGCUGCCCGCCCCUCUCCGCCGCUGCCGGGGGUCCGCGGGUGAGGGGGUGCGGGUUUAGGGGGGCCCCGUCCUGCGUGGGGGGCACCGGCAGCCGCACGCGGUGCCCCCGGCCCACGCCCGCCGGGAUGAGUCACCGCGGGGGCGGGAGGCGGCAGCGCGAACGGCGCCGGGGCGGAGGUGCCAGCCCGGUGCCCCCGGCGGAGGGGAGGGGGACACACCGGGACCCCCAUGGAAGGGGGGACACGACCCCCCCCCGCACCCCCGCAAUCAGCGCUUGCUUCGGGGUUUUGAGCUGUUCCUCACCCCCCUCUCCCUCCCUCACCUCCAGGCUGGAGCAAGGGGGUAGGAAGAUAAGCCAUAAAAUAAAGUUUUAUUCCAAAAUAACAAAAUAAAUAAUCUACUGU